AUGCAGCGCGCUCGAUCGGAGUUGCCGGCGCAGUUGUUGGAAUCUCCCCGUUGCGGCACGUCGUCUGGAGUUUCCAGCUCUGGAUUUCCCGCAGAACAAGUCUCGCGUAGGAAGCUGCCAGGAAGGUCGUUCUCGGCCCAACCUGAGCGGCCUCGCUCGAGCGGCCGCGUGGACGGCAGCAGACGCGGCGCUGAAAGCACCUCUCCGGGGCUGAUCAGUCCGCUGGACUUGCGGCGGCAAGCAGGGGCGGAACGCGCUGAGCAUUCCUCGGGAGCAGCGCGCGCGGCGCAGGCAGAAGCGGGCAGGGUGGGCGAUCUGAGGCGCAACGUGCUUGAAAAAUCGCUUUCCGAUAGGCCGGAGCGCCCCUUGACGGCCGCGGGGAGGUGCGGCAGCGGCGGCAGGAGACUGAGCAGCGGGCUCGGGCGGCAGACAGUGGGAGACGAGCGCGGAACGAAGGGGAAGGAGGGGGGGGUCUGGGCGGUGUGCGAUAGGCUGAUUGCAGAAAACGACAAGAGCACGACUCCGAGAGAGGGCGGUGCGGGGAGCCCGAGGGGGAACGCAGGGGAACAGAGACGGACAGGCUUGAAGGAGAUGCGGGGAGGUGACACGAGGGAGCAUUGUGCACACGGCGAGUGCUGCAAAGCGCAGGAGAUGCUAGCGCGGCAGGUGGACGGGCUGACGCGGCAGGUGGAAGAACUGACUCACACCAACGCGCAGCUGAGGGAGAUGCUGCAGGUGCGGUCGGGGGAGGUGCAGCGCGCGGAGGAGGCGCUGAAGGUGGCGCAGGGGGAGCGGGACGCGCUGGCGCAGGAGAUGGAGGCCGCCCUGCACACCUGGAUGGCCCCCACGCCCAGAGCCGCCACGCCUCGGACGGACGUGACUAACGCGAGCGUGACAAUAGAGGAGCAUGCGGCAGUGGUGGGGCAGGUGGCAGCGGUGGAGAGGGAGAACCGGGAGCUGUGGGCGAUGCUGGAGGGGCUCAGCGCACAGAGGGAGGCGGAGCUCAGGCAGACCGAGGGGCUCCGCAUGAGGGUCAAAUGCAUGGCAGCGGCUUCAGGAAGCCCAGCCAGCACAGGCAAGAAUGGUGGCGGGUCACCCGAAGCGAUGCGCACGCUCUUAAGACUUCCGCAGUACAGCUCGUCGGCGCCUAUGCUGCAAGCCAUACUGAGCACCAUGUCGGAGGCGAGGGCGAGUUCGUCGGGUUUCAACCUCUCCGUGACCCCUGUGACGCUUCUCGUGCCAAUCAACCCCAAUCAGCUCUGCCGCUCCCUCAAGGGGUUCAAGGCGCGCUCGCUCCUCCGCCUCCUCGCCUUUCACGUCGUCAAAGGGCUCUACACGCAAGAGAGGUUGACGGCUCUGCCUCGCGGCGCCAAAAUGCGCACCUUCUUUCACCGCCACUCCAUUCGAAAGGUCAAUGGGCCGUUGCUGCCGGAUGCGGCCCUGCUCUCUGGCUAUCCGCCGCUGUGGAAGAGGCUGGGCGGAAUAUUCCAGAGGAAGAAGAAGCCGGGGAAGUUGUGGGAGAGGGUGCUGCCUGUUCAAGUCCUUCAGUUUGAUGUCUACACCACACCAUUCUUCACUGUUCACGUUGUCCAGGCCGCGCCAUAUCUGCAGAUUCUGAUCAACACGGUCAACACAGUCAACGCCACAGUCAACGCGCCCUACACGCUGCUGGUCCCGCUAGAGGCGCUCGACUACUGCACGACCAUCAAGAAGUACCCCUCGCAGCAGCUCUUGCCUCUCAUGGCCUAUCACAUAGUGAAAGGCCGGUUCACCUACAGCGUUAUGAAUGGUUUAAAAAAUGGGACGACGUUGAGCACUAUAUCAGGGCGCUCCUUAACGAGAAUAACCAAGAAGUUUGUGCCUCUGGUGAUGGUGACGGGGCAGGCGAAUGACGUAGCCAUAGUGCUGGCAGGUGAUGUGUAUUCAACCAAGACCGUCACUGUUCACAUCAUCAGCAAGAUGCUGCAACCAUGGAGCACGUGA